AUCCCCCCACCAAAAAGAGAACCUUCAUUCAUCUCUUUUCUCUUCAUGAUAAACUUCUGCAAAAACAAAUUUAACUCCCAAAAAUCUUUGAUCUUGCAAUUCAUCUCUAAUGAGCUGAAAGAAGGGAAAAAGAGGAAAGAAAGCAAGAAAAGGGGAGGCUUAGCUUCUUCCGUGAAGUUGAAGACUCUCUUUUCAAGAUGAUUGAUUCUUUAAGCCUAUACAAACUUCAACUCCCUCAGAUUCCCUCUACUUUUAGUCCCUUUUGUGCAAAUUCGACCGUCGGUCCGUCUCUUGAAAUCCUCUGCAUUCCCUUGCAGCCUCAGUACUUCCCAUGAAACAAUAUUGCCAAGAAAACAACAUGUUGCCCUUCAUUGUCCUAAUAACACUCACACUCUUGUCAUUUGCAGAGACUUCUACUCCUUCCUCCUCCCUCGUUACCGACUUCCAUGCUCUCAUUGCGUUGAAACGAGGAUUUCAGAACUCUGACUUGGCCUUAAACUCUUGGAACUCCUCUGAUCCCACCUCAGUUUGUUCAUGGAUUGGUGUCAAGUGCUUCCAUGACCGAGUCGUGUCGCUGAACGUAUCGAACAUGGCUCUCUACGGCUCUGUCUUGCCUCAAAUUUCAAGGCUCGACAAGCUUGUGGAGCUCUCCAUUGAUGGGAACAACUUCACCGGUGAAAUCCAGAUUGAGAACAUGAGCUCCCUUCGGUUCCUCAACUUGUCGAACAACCAGUUCAGUGGGAGUUUGGAUUGGAACUACUCGAGCAUCGCUAGUUUGGAGGUUCUUGAUGCAUACAACAACAACUUCUCGGCUUACCUUCCGGUUGGAUUCUUGAGCUUGAAGAAUCUCAAACACUUGGAAUUGGGAGGGAACUACUUCUAUGGUAGGAUACCCGCGAGUUAUGGCGAUUUGUUUGGCUUGGAGUACUUGUCAUUGGCAGGAAAUGAUCUUGAAGGGAGAAUUCCCAAGGAACUGGGAAAUCUCACUAACUUGAGGGAGAUUUACUUGGGGUAUUACAAUGUUUUUGAGGGUGGUAUUCCAAGGGAGUUUGGAAAGUUGGUGAAUUUGGUCCAUAUGGAUCUUUCAACUUGUCAGCUGGAUGGUUCAAUCCCUGCAGAGCUGGGGAACUUGAGGUCGCUCGACACGUUGUAUCUGCACGUUAAUCGGCUCACUGGGCUGAUCCCAAAGGAGCUAGGCAACUUGACAGGCCUGGUGAAACUUGAUCUUUCGUUGAAUGCGUUUACUGGAGAGAUCCCGUACGAGCUCAGCAACCUAAAGCAAAUCAGGCUUCUGAAUCUGUUCAUCAACAGGUUCCACGGGUCGAUACCGGAUUUCAUUGCUGAUUAUCCUCAGUUGGAGACUCUGGCUCUCUGGAUGAACAACUUCACGGGCGUUAUCCCGAGGAAUCUUGGCCUGAAUCAGCGGCUGCAGGCCCUGGAUUUGUCGUCGAACAAGCUCACCGGUACAAUCCCUGAAUUCUUGUGUGCCUCUAAGCAGCUUAGCAUACUGAUUCUUCACAAGAACUUUCUCUUUGGUUCAAUACCUGAAGACUUGGGGACAUGCUCAAGUCUUGUUAGGGUGAGGUUGGGGCAGAACUACCUUAAUGGCAGCAUUCCAGGUGGUCUCAUUUACCUACCGGAACUGAAUUUUCUUGAAUUGCAGAACAAUAUGUUGUCUGGUUCCUUGUCCGAAAACAGUAACUCUUCAAACCAAACCAAACUAGGCCAGAUGAACCUGUCAAACAAUCAGCUUCACGGGCAGUUGCCAUUUUCCCUGUCAAAUCUCUCUUCACUCCAAAUCCUCUUGCUUAGCGGAAACAGUUUCUCCGGGCCAAUCCCUCCUUCCAUUGGUGAGCUUCACCAAGCAGUGAAGAUUGACCUGAGUGGGAACUCACUCACAGGUGAAAUCCCUGAUGAAAUAGGCAAUUGUGCUCAUCUGAAUUACCUGGACUUGAGCCAGAACAACCUAUCUGGCUCAAUCCCACAAGAGAUAUCCAAUAUCCGAAUCCUGAACUACUUGAACCUGUCGAGAAACCACUUGAAUGACACUAUACCCCAAUCAAUCUCCUCCAUGAAAAGCCUCACAACAGCUGAUUUCUCAUUCAACAAUCUCUCUGGAGAGCUGCCUGAAUCAGGCCAGUUUUCGGUCUUCAACGCCUCUUCUUUUGCAGGCAAUCCUUAUCUCUGUGGAGCCUUGUUGAACAACCCCUGCAACGCCACGAAAACGACAAGCCAGCCUGGAAAAUCCCAUAAUGCAUUCAAGCUGGUCUUCGCCCUCGGCCUGUUACUCUGCUCGCUGAUAUUUGCAACAGCAGCGAUCGUCAAGGCCAAGUCGUUCAAGAAAAGCGGUGCUAAUUCUUGGAAAAUGACCACCUUCCAAAAGGUCGAUUUCUCAGUCUCUGACAUCCUGGAAUGUGUCAAAGACGGCAACGUCAUCGGCAGGGGAGGAGCCGGAAUCGUCUACCACGGAAAAAUGCCUAAUGGGCCCGAAGUCGCUGUCAAGAAGCUGCUGGGAUUCAACAGCAUCAGCAGCCAUGAUCAUGGCUUCAGAGCUGAGAUCAAGACACUAGGCAACAUCAGGCACAGAAACAUUGUCAGGCUCCUGGCAUUCUGUUCCAACAAGGACACGAACCUCCUCGUCUACGAGUACAUGAGAAACGGCAGCCUAGGCGAGGCGCUGCACGGCAAAAAGGGCGGAUUCUUGAGCUGGAACUUGAGGUACAAAAUCGCAUUGGACUCGGCCAAAGGACUGUGCUAUCUGCACCACGACUGCGCCCCUUUGAUCGUUCAUCGGGACGUUAAGUCGAACAACAUACUGCUCAACUCGAGCUUCGAGGCUCAUGUGGCGGAUUUCGGGCUGGCCAAGUUCUUGGUGGACGGAGGAGCCUCUCAAUGCAUGUCAGCCAUUGCAGGAUCUUAUGGUUACAUUGCUCCAGAGUACGCGUACACACUGCGAGUAGACGAGAAGAGCGACGUGUACAGCUUCGGCGUGGUCCUCCUGGAGCUCAUCACCGGGCGCCGGCCGGUGGGCGGGGAGUUCGGGGAAGGCGUCGACAUCGUGCAGUGGACCAAGUGUUCGACGGAUUGCCGCAGAGAAGAAGUUUCCCGGAUCCUCGACCCAAGGCUGGCCGUGGUGCCCAAGGAUGAAGCCAUGCACUUAUUCUUCGUCGCCAUGCUCUGCAUCCAGGAGAACAGCGUCGAGCGGCCUACCAUGAGAGAGGUGGUGCAGAUGCUGUCGGAGUUCCCCCGCCGCUCGCCGGAGUUGCAUUCCUCCUCCUCCAGCCACCAAUUUCAGCAGCAGAAGAAGAGCCCUGAUGACAAAAUCCGACAAGAUUUAUUGGUCUGAUUCCUCAAACACAGACUUCCUGCAACAUAAGGAUCAAAAUUUUUCCUCUCUCUCUCUCUCUUUCUGGGACCUCUUUUUUGGUGUUCUUCAAUUUGUAUUCUUGUUCUUCUUUUUGUUAGGCAUAGAAAGAUUUGGGUGGCCAAAGGUAGCUGAAAAUUAAAUAACUGAUUUUCAUAUAUAGAGAGGUGGUACUUAGUUUUUUUUU